CCACCGGCGAGGAGGUCGCGGUCAGAGAUGGCCCUGAGAAGCGCCUUCCCCGCGGCGGCGGUCCUGCUCGGGAGCAUCCUCCCCAGCCUCCUCCCGCUGCCCACGGAGGCCGGGCAGCCUCCGCAGGAGAGCCUGUACCUGUGGAUCGACGCGCACCAGGCCAGAGCGCUCAUAGGAUUUGAAGAAGAUAUCCUGAUUGUUUCCGAGGGGAAAAUGGCACCCUUUACACAUGACUUCAGAAAAGCACAGCAGAGAAUGCCUGCAAUUCCUGUCAAUAUCCAUUCCAUGAAUUUUACCUGGCAAGCUACAGGGCAGGCAGAAUACUUCUAUGAAUUCCUGUCCUUGCGCUCUCUGGAUAAAGGCAUCAUGGCCGACCCAACUGUCAAUGUCCCUCUGCUGGGAACAGUGCCUCACAAGGCAUCAGUUGUUCAGGUUGGUUUCCCAUGUCUUGGCAAACAGGAUGGGGUGGCAGCAUUUGAAGUGAACAUCAUUGUGAUGAACUCUGAAGGCAAUACCAUCCUGCAGACACCACAAAAUGCCAUCUUCUUUAAAACAUGUCAACAAGCUGAGUGCCCAGGAGGGUGCCGAAAUGGUGGCUUCUGUAAUGACCGGCGAGUCUGUGAAUGUCCUGAUGGGUUCUAUGGGCCACAUUGUGAGAAAGCCCUUUGCACACCACGGUGUAUGAAUGGCGGACUCUGUGUCACCCCUGGUUUCUGCAUCUGCCCACCAGGAUUCUAUGGAGUCAAUUGUGACAAAGCAAACUGCUCAACCACCUGCUUUAAUGGAGGAACGUGUUUCUAUCCUGGAAAAUGUAUUUGUCCUCCAGGACUAGAAGGAGAACAGUGUGAAAUAAGCAAAUGCCCACAACCCUGUCGAAAUGGAGGUAAAUGCAUAGGUAAAAGCAAAUGCAAGUGCUCCAAAGGUUAUCAAGGAGACCUCUGUUCUAAGCCUGUUUGUGAGCCUGGCUGUGGUGCCCAUGGAACCUGCCAUGAACCCAACAAAUGCCAGUGUCGAGAAGGUUGGCAUGGAAGACACUGCAAUAAAAGGUAUGGAGUCAGCCUCAUGCAUGCCCUGAGGCCAGCAGGCGCCCGGCUUGGGCAGCACACGCCUUCACUUAAAAAGACCGAGGAGCGGCAGGAUCCACCUGAAUCCAAUUAUAUCUGGUGAACUCCCGCAUCUGAAACGUUUUAAGUUACACCAAGUUCAUAGCCUUCGUUAACCUUUCAUGUGCUAAAGGUUCAAAUAAUGUUCAUUACACUUAAGAAUACUGGCCUGAAUUUUAUUAGCUUCAUUAUAAAUCACCGAGCUGAUAUUUACUCUUCCUUUUAAGUUUUCUAAGUAUGUCUAUAGCAUGGUGGUAUAGAUUUUCUCCUUUUAGUCCUUUAGGACAGAUUUUUGUAUUAUGUCAGUUGAUCAGGUUAAAAUUUUUGUCUUUUCAGUGUGUAGUUGGAAGAUAUUUGCAAAAUUACAAUGGGGCUGGAAAACAUUAGAGGGGUUAAAUUGGGCAAAAGUCACAAAUGUUUGCAUUAGACAGGUAGUGCUGAAAUUACAGAAUUUCAAGUGUUAUUGUCAUUUAUUUAGAUACUUGUCACAUUUUAACAAUUGCUCUUAUUUUUAAACUCUCAUACAAUAUAUUUUGACCUGACGAUUAUAGCAGAGAGAUCACUAUUAAAAUGAAAUUACACUGUUGUGGUGGCACUUAAACAAUAUAAUAUAUUGUAAACACAAUGAAAUAAGGAAUAUAAUGUAUGAAGUUUUUGCAUUGGCUUGAAGCAAUAUAAUAUAUUGUAAACAAAACACAGCUCUUACAUAAUAAACAUUUUAUACUGUUUGUAUGUAUAAAAUAAAGGUUACUGCUUUAAUUUU